GAACUGCCCUUUUACUCUUCUGUCUAAAAACAGUCAGCAAACGAACAUCGCGUCACCUUCUCCAUCAAUGGCGGCGGCUACUCACCUUCUCUCUCACUCCCCAUCUCUUCCCAAAACCCUAAACCACCCUUUAACCCAAAACCCGUUUUCAAAAUUCCCCAUUUUGCCCCUCAAACCAUCACAAAAUGUCUUCAAACGCCACUCCCUCUCCAUCAAAGCUGUCCUAUCCCAAAACCCUGCCAAAACCCUCACCCCCACUUUUCAACACUGCUUCACAAAAUCCCCAGAUGGGUUUCUCUACUGUGAGGAUACCAAGGUUCAGGACAUCAUGGAAAAGGUUGAAAAGAGGCCGUUUUAUUUGUAUAGUAAGCCUCAGAUUACUAGGAAUGUGGAAGCUUAUACAGAGGCUCUUGAAGGUUUGAAAAAUUCGAUUAUCGGGUACGCGAUCAAGGCGAAUAAUAAUUUCAAGAUUUUGCAGCAUUUGAAGAAGUUGGGUUGCGGUGCUGUCCUUGUUAGUGGUAAUGAACUCAAGUUAGCUCUUCGUGCCGGCUUCGAUCCAACUAAGUGUAUAUUUAAUGGGAAUGGGAAGAUCUUGGAGGAUUUGAUAAUAGCUGCCCAGGAGGGUGUUUUUGUGAAUGUUGAUAGUGAAUUUGAUCUGGAGAAUAUUGUAGCAGCUGCAAGAAUUGCUGGCAGGAAGGUUAAUGUUUUGCUUCGGAUAAACCCAGAUGUGGAUCCUCAGGUCCAUCCAUAUGUUGCUACUGGGAACAAGAACUCUAAAUUUGGCAUUAGGAAUGAGAAGCUGCAGUGGUUUCUGGAUGCUGUAAAGGCACACCCUAAUGAGCUGAAGCUUGUGGGGGCCCAUUGUCAUCUUGGUUCAACCAUUACCAAGGUUGAUAUAUUCAGGGAUGCUGCAGUUCUUAUGGUCAACUAUAUCGAUGGAAUCCGUGCCCAAGGUUUCGAAGUUGAUUAUUUGAACAUUGGAGGUGGUUUGGGGAUAGAUUACUACCAUAGUGGUGCUGUCCUUCCCACGCCGAGAGAUCUCAUUGACACUGUCAGAGAAUUGGUCCUUUCAAGAAAUCUUAAUCUCAUCAUUGAACCUGGGAGAUCACUCAUUGCAAAUACUUGCUGCUUAGUCAAUCGUGUCACUGGAGUCAAAACCAAUGGAACAAAAAAUUUCGUUGUGAUUGAUGGCAGUAUGGCUGAACUUAUCCGUCCUAGUCUUUAUGAUGCUUACCAACAUAUAGAGCUGGUUUCUCCUGCACCUCCUGAUGCAGAGGUUUCUACUUUUGAUGUCGUUGGCCCUGUUUGUGAAUCAGCAGAUUUCUUGGGAAAGGAGAGAAAACUUCCAACCCCAGCUAAGGGAACUGGCCUAGUCGUGCAUGAUGCAGGUGCAUACUGCAUGAGCAUGGCAUCGACCUACAAUCUCAAAAUGCGCCCUCCUGAGUACUGGGUUGAAGAAGAUGGAUCAGUGACUAAGAUCCGGCAUGGGGAGACAUUCGAAGACCACAUGCGGUUUUUUGAAGGUCUUUAAGUUAAUUAAAACAUAGAAGCCGGCCUGUUUGAGGCUUGAAAUUGGAUCUGGCUUUGCAAUCGUCAUGGAUAUAUUAUGUAUUUGAAUUUUCAUUUAACCAGCUGCUGAAGACUUUUUGUGGUAUGAUUUUAUUUUGCUAAGCCUAGAUGAGGUGGUAGUAUCAGGGAAGAGGAACUUGCACAAAGAUUGAAUAGAUGAAAUCAAUGCCUCCUACCCCACACCGUGCGUGGCCCCCUGCUAGUAGAACUAAUCUUUUGACUGGGUAACAGAGGAGUGUUCUGCUGGAUAAUUUUUGGCCGUUCCAUCUUUCUAUGUGAGGGUGACACCCAGUAGGUCCCUUCUUUUUAACCACAAGAAACAGAAGGAUUAGAUUUUCAAAGCGGAGAUGGCCCCCAUGAGUGUGGGGCUUGAGCUACUUGAUUUUCAUGAUUCAAGUUAAGGCCUCAUGGGAUGCUGUAAACUAAGACAUAAACCCACCACCUUUAACUUAUGUUUUCUUCCAAA